AUGGCUUUCAAAAACUCAACCCUCGCCAAGUACAUCAAAAACAUCAAGACCUCGCCAAGGUCACUGAUUGCUAAUCGCACGCUCUUGACGACCGCGGCAAUCUAUGCACUCGCUGGUAUCCCUCUGUGCUGGGACCAAGGUUCAAGCUCUACUAUUCCCUCUCUGCCAGGUUUCUCUGCAGAGUUUGGCAUUACUUCUGCGUCCAACCCUACCCAGGUUUCCAACUUCAUCUCCCUGGUAUAUAUAGGAUGUGGUGUUGGAGCAGCUCUGUCAUUCUUCAUCAAUGACCGUGUAGGCCGUCUGUGGUCCCUCCGCCUGUACUCUGCUAUCUGGAUCAUCGGACAGUUGAUCGUUGUCGGCUCUCGUGGAAAAAUUGCGACCUUGUAUGCCGGGCGCAUUGUAGCUGGAUUCGGUAUCGGACCCCUCACUGUCAUCGGGCCAGUCUCGCUCGUGGAGAUAGCUCCCGUUGAGAUUCGUGGUCUUAUCACCAGCUGGUUCAGCGUCGUCCUAUUACUGUCGCUUUUCCUGGCCGCAUUCACUGUUUACGGGGCGUUUACGACGAUGGCUAGCAGCAGUUUACAGUGGCAGGUUCCUAUAUUUGUGCCGACUCUCAUCAUGGCCGCCGUCAUCCUCGGCAGUUUCUUCGUUAGCGAGAGCCCGCGUUGGCUCUUCCUGGCACGCCGCGACGAAGAAGCUAUAGAGGCCCUCGUGAAGAUCAGAGGGUUGCCCCUUGAUCAUCCGCGUGUGCAGUCUGAGCUGGAAGAUAUCAAAAAGUCACUCGCUGAGGAGCGUGCCGCUUAUGGAAAUGCCACGUCGUAUUCCAUCAAAGGUUUGGGUGCUGUUCUGAAGGAGACCUUCCUGGUCCCCGCGAAUCUCCGACGCACUCAGCAGGCCUUUAUUUCAUACGCUUUGGCCCAGCUAUCCGGCGCCAACAGCAUAACUACAUAUUUGGUGCCUAUCCUUAACAUGGUCGGUGUCUCCGGCGGCUCCUCUUAUAGUCUCUUUGUCACGGCCAUGUAUGGCGUUGGCAAAUUUUUCUACACUUUGAUUGCCAGCUUCUUCUUUGUCGACGCCCUUGGCCGUCGAAAUAGUCUGUUUAUUGGCAUUACUAUACAGAUGCUUUCUGAUAUUUAUAUUGGUGUUUUCAUCAAGUACCACCAAGCAGGGCCGGUUCCUACUGCUGCGAGUCAAGCUGCUAUCGCUGCCAUCUUCAUUCAUGGAUUUGGCUAUGCCAUAGGCCUUCUAAUAUUGCCCUACGUGUUUGUUUCCGAGCUCUGGCCCAACCAGAUCCGUUCAUUUGGCGCCGCUCUGACUCAGACUUUCCACUGGCUGUUCUUCUUUGGCGUCAACAAGGGUGUGCCAUCCCUCCUUUCCCGCACUGAUAACUGGGGGGCGUUCCUCUUCUUUGCCGGUUGGUGCUUUUUGGCCCUAAUCUACUCCUUCCUGGUGGUCCCUGAGACGGCCGGCGUGGACCUGGAAAAGCUGGACGCUUUGUUCGAGGGUCCUUGGUGGAAUCAGUACAAGCGUCCCAAGACAGUAGUCACCGAAUCUGUGGAGAUAGGUCGAAGCAGCGACAACGAAAGCGAAGGAAAGUCGGCGGAAGCUGUUGUCGCGAAGCAGUAA